AGAGAACCUCGUUGAAAACGCAGCCAUGCCGAGCGGUGACACUCAGCAGCCGGACUACCGCCUGGGCUCAUCCGUCUUUAACGCCUCACAGAGGGGUAGGAUGCCAUGAGAUUUCCCACAGGCCCUCACUUGCUCCAGGCUGUGAGUAAACCCGUGGUCAAGAGGGGAUAACCAGCGGCGGAUAAUGACGUGAUGAUUCCGGUUGUAGAGCCAGCACAGCGGGGCUCCGGGCACCUUUAAUGACCGGUGCUGGAGAGGAAAUCACUGGACUUUAUUGUCUGAGGAGCCGUGUAACACCGGACCGACAGCGGUUAAAAAAAAAGAAGAAGAAGGGAAGAAAAGAAAAGAGACGUCUCUCUCUAACAGGUUGCUGAGACAUUCAGUACCAAAGGGGGAUUUGCUGCACAGUUGAGAAUGCUAUCCCCCAGAUGCUGACUUCUAAAGGUAAGGCAUUAGAAACCUUUGCUGGACGGUUUGAUGGAGAGCUGGUCGAAUGUCAGCGGGAACUAUUGUUAUAAGCGGAGGUAUACUCGCCGGAGUGAUACUGCUGUGCAUCGUAGCAGUUCUCUGUUACUGUAGACUCCAGUAUUACUGUUGUAAGAAAAAUGAUUCUGAAGUGGACGUGGCCUCCGUGGCAGGACCAGACCCUCUCUCUCACUUUCCAUGCAAUGCCUGCAACGCCCUCGCCAUGGACGGCACUGCCAUCACUCCUGUCUCUCUGGAUCAGCUGGACACGGGUUCUCACCACUGCCCCAGCUGUUCACCGUACCCCCUGCCCUCGGGACUCACAGAUGACAUGCGUAAUGGAGGGGAGCGGCUGGGCUUCCAUACUUACUACGAGAACCCGUCUGUCUCUCUUCCCCUGUCGGCUCACCCUCAGAGCUCCUCCCCUCUGAGCUACCGCAAUCCCUCGGACAUGUUUCCUCCCCCGCCGCGCUCCUACAGCACUGACGUCUGACCUUUGCUUCACUGUAAAGGCACGCACACACAGACACACCUACAGCAUCUAGCACAUGCCCUUUUCUUUGAGACUAAGUUCAGGUAAUUGAUUAGGUGAAAGCACAAUGGCACACACACGCACACACACACCCACAUUACUGUACAUGCUCACCUAAUUUACAGGAAAGUAACCCAUAAACUAAGCCCACUGAUUGAACCUGAGUGUGGGCAACAAAUCUAGGCAACUGCUGCAAAAGGAAACAUUCAUAUAUUAACAGGGAAAUAUUACAUAAAACUGGGGAAGUAAAUCUUGAAAAAUACAUGUUUUUUUGUUUGUUUGUUUUUUUUUAAAUCUCAGUGAGACUUUUACUCGGUUAAGUAAAGGGUAUAAGUAUUAUUAGUUUGCAUCACAUUGAGCCCAAUCAUACAUGGUAGCGUAUGAUUAGUAAAUGGCUCAAAGGUUGGAGCCAGUCUGCAGUAAUGGAGUCACUCAAGCUACAUUUGAUCAGGGACACAUAACAGUGCAAUUAGUAUGGAGUGAAUGCAAGACAGUCCCCAGGCAGAA